AUGCGCGAUCUUUUGGCUUCGUUAGAGAUCGGUCCCCGCCUGCUGGACGAAGACACUCAGGGUAUUGUGGAUGAAGCUGAUGUUAACGCUCUCAGUUCUGCUGUCUUUCUUGAAGAAAAUAGAAAAGAUAGAGAAGAGAGCCUCGAGGAAGCUGCCGUUCAAAGCGUGCUCUAUAAUCAGGAAACAGAUACCUGUAGCACCAGCUCCAUCACGGAAUACCCCCAGAUUAAUGUGAUAGCCAACGACAACUUCGCUCGUGCCUGGCGCCAGAUGGGAGCAGGCGAAGUUGACAGUGUUGAUGCCCCAAGAGGCAACAACAGAGAUCGACCAACUCCCUUUGUAUUUCGCCAUGGACGUGCGUCUUUUUCAACCUACAACUUAUUGAUGGCUCCCAUACGCAAGCAUUUAUGGCCUGCACUCACCUAG